AUGCGCCAGCAGCCAUGGUGCCGCCCGCGCCUCGACUCCUACAGCCUCGCCAUUCAGAUCGCCGCCCACUCCCGCAUGUGGGGACGAAGCGAGGCGCUGUUCGAGGAGAUGCAGGCGGACGGCGUGCGGCCGGACUCGUUUGUCUUUUCUGCGAUGGUGCAUGUGCUGGCGCAGCAGGGGCGGUGGGAGGAUGCGAUUGGAUUGGUGGAGAGGCGGGCAGCAGCAGACGUCCCGGAGCUGAUGUCACUAGUGAAGGUCUUGCUGCACGACAUGGCAUGCUCGCCACACGCCGCCUCCCUCACAGCAGCCCUCCUCUCCUCACUCUCCUCCCUCCCCUCCUCCUCCUCUCCCUCCUCCUCCGCCUCCUCCUCGCCAAACCCCUUUUCUCUCGACCACGAGUCAUACCGUCUGCUCCUCCGCUCCUUCUACUCCCACAACCACCUCCCCCUCAUCCCACCAACCGUAACAAGCAUGAUCCAAGCAGGCUAUCCUCUCAGCCAAUGGGAUGCCGCCAUGUGGCUCGAGGCCCUGGCUGCCCAGGGCGACGUUGCAGGGAUCCGGGCAGCUGUUGCGGAAAGUUUGGCGCUCGGGCUGCCCGAGCCGGAAAGUUUUCGGAUGGCGUUGGUUCUGGGCCUUCCCUCCCUCAUCCUCCUCCCUCCUCCCUCCUCCCUCCUCCCUCCUCCCCCCUCCCUCCUCCCUCCUCCCUCCUCCCUCCUCCCUCCUCCCUCCUCCCUCCUCCCUCCUCCCUCCUCCCUCCUCUCUCCUCCCUCCUCCCUCCUCCCUCCUCCCUCCUCCCUCCUCCCUCCUCCCUCCCCCUCCCCCUCCUCCCUCCUCCCUCCUCCCUCCUCCCUCCUCCCUCCUCCCUCCUCCCUCCUCCCUCCUCCCUCCCUCCCUCCCUCCCUCCCUCCCUCCCUCCCUCCCUCCCUCCCUCCCUCCCUCCCUCCCUCCCUCCCUCCCUCCCUCUCUCCCUCCCUCCCUCCCUCCCUCCCUCCCUCCCUCCCUCCCUCCCUCCCUCCCUCCCUCCCUCCCUCCCUCCCUCCCUCCCUCCCUCCCUCCCUCCCUCCCUCCCUCCCUCCCUCCCUCCCUCCCUCCCUCCCGCCUCCCGCCUCCUCCCGCCCCUACACUGUACUCCUGUCCGCCUACCUCCUGGCCGGCAAUCUUUCGGCCUUUUCCCGUGUAUGGACAGCAAUGCGGGCGGGCGGCCGCCCGGCGGACAGUUACGCGCUUCGUCUGCUAGCCAAGGCCUGCGCGUCUAUGGGCGGGCUCAGGGGGCUGGCGGUAUUGCUGUGGGCGGCAAAAGAGGAGCGGGAGAGGGAGGUGGGAGGGAGUGAGGGAGAGAGUGAGGGAGGGAGUGAGGAAGUGGAUAGUCCAACGUGGGAAGCUGUCGGGGCGAGCGGUGGAGCAAGUGUAGCAGUUCCAGAAGGCAGUGUGACAGAUGAACCAUGUGCAAGCAGCGCUGCAGUGGCAGCAGGUGCAUCUGCAGCAGCGCCGUUGGCAGAGUUGGCAGCAGGAGCUAUGGUGGUAGAGGUACCCCCGGAAGAGGUGGAGGCAGCAGAGAGGCAGUUCCCCGUGCUGGCGGGCGAGCUGAGGGGUAGCGACAAGGCUCUCAGGGUGGUUGUCAGGUACCUGUUUAAGGAUGCUGACGUGGCGGGUGGGGAUGACAUCGUGCCUGCUGACGUGGCGGCUGGCGAUGAUGUCGUGCCUGCUCACGUGGCAGCGAGCGGGGAGAAGGUGGACGGUGGCAUGGCGGAGGGUGACGGGCACGGGGUUGUUGAGGCGGGAAGCGGAUGGUUGGAGGAGUGUGUGGGUGUGCCGGCAGCAGCUGAGGAGGCUGUGAGCGUGCCGGCAGCAGGACAGCAGCAUGUGUGUGGUGGAAGGGGCAAGGAGGCGUCAGAGGGAGAUCAUGCGGGCGAGUCUGAUUGGGACGUGCUAGGGCAGUCAGUGUGCGCGAGUGAUGGGAUGGUGGAGGGGGUGGAGGGAGCAGAGGCUGUUUUUAAGUCGACUCAAAAACAAACACGUGGUGUGCUGGGGCAGUCGGUGUGCGCGAGUGAUGGGAUGGUGGAGGGGGUGGAGGGAGCAGAGGAAGCACAGAGAGAGGAGGAGGAGAGGGGACAAGGGGGGGAUGCGGGAGAAGAGAGGGAGGGAGAGGAAGGAGGAGCAGCAGAGGCGAAGGGGGAGGUAGAGGGAGGGCUGCGAGGCAGAGGAGGGCAGGAGAGGGAGGAACGGAUAGCUUUGGGGGCUCAGGUGGUGGAAGUAAGGGGCGGGGCAGGGGAGGUCGUGGAGGGAGUGGGAAUGGCAGUGGAGGGAGUGGGAAUGGCAGUGGAGGAAGUGGGAAUGCCAGUGGAGGGAGUGGGAAUGGCAGUGGAGGGAGUGGGAAUGCCAGUGGAGGGAGUGGGAAUGGCAGUGGAGGGAGUGGGAAUGCCAGUGGAGGGAGUGGGAAUGGCAGUGGAGGGAGUGGGAAUGCCAGUGGAGGGAGUGGGAAUGCCAGUGGAGGGAGUGGGAAUGCCAGUGGAGGGAGUGGGAAUGGCAGUGGAGGGAGUGGGAAUGCCAGUGGCGGGAGUGGGAAUGCCAGUGGCGACAACAGCAGGGGACGGGACAGGGGCGGCAGCAGUGGUAGUGGCAGAAGGAGCAGGGGAAGGAGCGGCAGACGAUGUAGCAGUGGCGUCAGCAGUGGUGGCAGCAGCAGAAGUUGAUAGGGAGAGAAGAGAGAUGGAACGGACGGGAGGGGAAGGCGAGGGGUCAGGAGUGAGGAACGGAGGGGAGAACGGAGGACUUUCAAGUGGUGAAAAUGGUAGCAACAGUGGCAGCAGCAGCAGCAGUUUGAGCCUGGCAGAGCGAAGGCUGGCGAUGGGAUGGGUUGGGGGAAGGCGUGGGGAGGGCAGAGGGGGUGGAGGAGGGAGGGGGAAGAGUGUGGAUGAAUCCAUGCUGAGAAGGCCGGUUGUGGGCGGCAAAGUGGAGGCUGGUACAGUGCAGCACGGUGGCAGUUGGAGGGAUGAGAACCAACUAGGUGCAGUGCACAUGGCUGUAGCAGAGAUGGCUGUAGCAGAGGCGGCUGUAGCAGAGAUGGCUGUAGCAGAGAUGGCUGUAGCAGAGAUGGCUGUAGCAGAGAUGGCUGUAGCAGAGGCGGCUGUAGCAGAGGCGGCUGUAGCAGAGACGGCUGUAGCAGAGACGGCUGUAGCAGAGACGGCUGUAGCAGAGACGGCUGUCGCAGAGAUGGCUGUAGCAGAGCGGGCUGUAGAGGCAGCUGUAGCAGAGGCAUCACCAGAGGGGGAUUUUCCUGAGGAGAUGGUGGCACAGGCGGCUGGAGGAGAGGCAGAGGCGGUGGAUGACGCUAUAACGAAGGUGAUUGCAGCAGAGGCUGGGGGGAAUGAGGCUGCUGCAGCUGCAGGGAGUGAUGCUGCACCUGAGGAGAUGGUAGCAAAGGCAGUUGGGGGAGUGGCAGAGGUGGUGGAUGGCUCUACAUGGAAGGUGACUGCAGAAGAGCCUGUGGGAAAUGAGGUUGCAGGCGCUGAUUCUCAUGCAGUUGAAGGAGAGGCAGAUAGGGUAGGCAACAGGGUAGGCGACAGAUUAGGCCAGAGGUUCGGCAACAGGUUUGGUCGCGACAGGUUCGGCGACAGGGUUGGUAAUGACAGGGUGGGUGACUAUGUGCAGAGCACUUACUGGGGCGUGGUGUGGAACCCUGAGAGUGGCGCAGAGGGAGGGGAUGCGAGGGCGGGAGGCACAGGCAGGUGGGGCGGAAGGGUGGGAGGGCGAGUGCGGGCGCGGGUGGGGGAGAGAGUGCGGAGUGCGUUGGAGGAGCUAGAGAGGGCGGAGGAGGGGGAGCUGGCGGAGAGAUGGGCGCAGCUGGCGCAGGGGGAGGGGGAGAGGGCAGGGGAGAGGGGAGGGGAGAGGGGAGGAGCGAGGGGGAGGAGGCAGGGGGCGGCUAAGAGAGUGGAGCAGACGUGGGAGCUGAUGGGGGAGAGGCGGGCGAGGCUGCGAGGGGAUCGAGAGCGGUUGAGCCCGGUGAUGGGGGGUGGUCGGGGAGUGAGGGGGGAGGGGAAUGAAGGGGCGGAUGAGGCGGGGAUGGGGGAGUGGGAGCAGGAGGUGGAACGGGAUGGGGAGGGGAGGGGGAGUGAGGUGGUGUGGAAGAGGGUGGAUCCUGAAGAGGCGUGGCUGUUGGUUCAACAGCAGAUGGUGAGUGCAGUGCGCUUUGAGGCGCCUCAAAGGUUUUUUAAGCGAGUUGCGGAUCCCGUCGCCCCUCCGCCCCCUCCUGCUGCAUGGGCGCGUGUUUUCUCUGCCCUGCGCGACCCCGGGCAGUACGGGCAGCUGAAAGAAGUUUACCGGAUGAUGCUAAGUGCUGUGGGGCGAGAGGGGACUCAAAUACACGGGCAGCAAGGGCAGGAGGGACAGGAGGAGGGUCAAAUGCGCAGGCAGCAAGGGCAAGAAGGGCAGGAGGGACAGGAGGAGAGUCAAAUGCCCGUGCAAGAAAGGCAGGAGGAGCUGAGAUGGGUGCAGCAGGGGCGGGAGGAGAUGCAAGUGGGGCGGAGCAUGAGCCGCUAUGCUGGGACUGCUGAUGGGGGGGUCGACAGUAAAAGAAGUGAAACUCAAGAGGGUGACAAUAGGGGGAGGGGCAGCGGUAGAGUUGACAGCAGUGGCAGUGAUAGUAACGAGGGUGAUAGUAAUGAGAGUGCUACAGUGUUCACAGGAGGGUAUGUGCUUCCAUUCAAUCUGGUGCUGAUGUCAGCAUGCAGGCAGGAAGCAGCUGAUGACGUGGCAGCUGUUUUUGGUGACAUGCUCAGUCAUAACGUCAUCCCGUCAUGGAGAUCUCUACUCUUCGUGCUGAAGGGUGCAUGCGGCCCCAACCAGCCGUUCCCCUCCCCCACAUCGCUCAUUGCCUUUGUUGCCUCUAAAACCUUUCCCCCUUUCCCCUCCUCUCCCUCCCCCCACUCUCUCCCUCUACAGAGGUCGCUGCUCUUCGUGCUGAAGGGUGCAUGUGGCCCCAACCAGCCGUUCCCCUCCCCCGCAACCCUUGUUGCCUUUGUUGCCUCUAAGGCCACUCAGCUGCCACCAGAGCCCCACGCGUCUGAAGAACCGGCGACAGCUGGCGCGGUUACAUCUGAUGCAGUUACAUCGGACAGGGUUACGUCUGCGGCGGCCCCGUGUGCCAGCUCAGCGUUGUCCGCGCAUGCCAGCUCAGCGUUAUCCACGCGUGCUCGAGAGGUUCUGGAGAACAUGGCAGUGCUGCUGAUCGGAGAGCCGUGGGCCGUUGAUCGUCUGAGAUGGAGCGUGGAGAUCGCAGAGUGCAUGCAGAGGGCUCAGGGCAGCAGCCCCCUCCUUCUGCCCUCUCCUCUCGCGAGACGGUUCUUCUUUGCCUCUAGGAGCCUACGAUUGGUUGGGAAGGAGAGAGAUGAGGAGGGGAGAGGAGAAGCAGAGAAGCGGGAUGAAGGGAGGGGCAGAGAGGAGGUAGAAGAAAUGGAGUAUGUAGGGAAGGGGAGGGAGCAGGGGGGAGGAGAGAAGGGGUCGGAAGGGAGAAGGGGAGGAGUAGAAGGGGAGCAGGAUGAGGAGGCAGAGGAGGGAUUGGAUGGAAGAGGUGUCGGCCGUGGUGCUUCUGAGAGAAGGGAGCUUCUGAAGCAGCAGUUGAUUGGAGUGGUUCGGCCGGACGAGAGACGCGAGGAGGAGAAGUGGGAGGGAGGCUCGGUGGCUGUGCUCGGCUCGGCGGAGGCUCGGGAGGAGCUGGCCGAUCGGAUGGAAGCACUUUUAGAGGCCAGUGCUGCUGCCCGGCAGGCUGCUUGGGAGGAAAAAACUGCCCGGCGGGCAGCUGAACAGGCAGAGUGGGCAGCAAAACAGUUGCGGGUGGAAGCAGAGUGGAGGGAGGAGAGGGAGAGGGAGAGGGGAGUGGCAGUGGAACGGUGGAGGCUGUUGAAGGGGAACGAGAAAGGGGGAUUGUGGCGGGUGAAGGGGGGGGGGGGAGGAGGGUUCGGAGGGGAUGAAGAGGGAAGAGUGAGGGGGAUGGUGAGGGGCGGUUUGGGGGAGGGGCCGGAAGAAGGCAGAUGGGGGGCGGAAACAAGAGGGGAUAGGGUGGAAGAGGAGGAGGAGGUAGAGGAGGGGGAAGCGGAGGGUGCAGCGGGGAAGGGGGUUGCUGUGGGUGCAACAGGCGUGGGGGCAACAAACUUGGGAGAGCAGGAACAGGGGGUGGGGGAGCAGAGGGAGCAGAGGAGGCAGAGGGAGGAGAGGGAGGAGAGGGAGGCGUUUGCAGUGGGGGUGGCGGAGCAGGUCAGGAUGCUUGAGGCACAAGGCAUCCUUCCAGACCCCACCUCCUGUGCAGCCCUGCUCUCAGCCCUUCGCCUCGCAUCAACGCACCACCCUCAGCACCAAGCCCCUUCCAACGCAUCACCGCAAGAAUCCACAACGCCCCGUCUACCCACGGCACGGGCCAUGCUGCGGCGCCUGGCCACUGCAGGCGCUGCUCUGUCUGCUGCUGCUUUCAAUGAGGCCAUUCGUGAGGCCAUUGGGGACAGCGAGGGGAAAGACGAGGGGAAUGAGUCUGAAACGACAUUAGCAGCAGCAGCGUCAUCUGCAUCAGUAUCAGGUGGAGCAGCAAGAGCAGCAGCGAUGGUGGAGGAGGUGGAUGGGCUGUUGCUUGAGAUGCAUCGACGGGGCGAGCUGCCCAACCAGGCCGCCUCUCUCCUCCACUGCCUCUCCCAUGCCAGCAUCCCUGUACCGGGCGGCGCACUGCUGGACGUGCUGCGGGCGGCAGCAGCGCACGGGCAGGCGGACUUCUUUGUCUUCUUGCUGCGGGAGUGGGUAGCGGCGGACGUGACUGUAUUGGGGGGCCCGCGGGCUCUAGAGGAGGUGCUGCAGCUGCUGCUGCGCUGCAGACGACCCCACCAGGCUGUGCCGUGGUUCCAGCGGUGCCUGGGAGCGCACCCGCACGCCCCCCUCUCGCCUGCACUGGCUGUGUCUUGGUUCCGGCGGUGCCUGGGAGCGCACCCACACGGAACCCCCUCGCCAGCAGUGGUGCAGGUGCUGCUACAUUCGGCUGUGUCUUGGUUCCGGCGGUGCCUGGGAGCGUACCCACACGCUCCCCCCUCGCCAGCAGUGGUGCGGGCGCUGCUGCAUGUGCUGCAGAGGAAGAGCAUGUGGCACGAGAUGCUGGACGUGUUCGGGUCGCUACAGCACUACCCGGGAUAUCAUGACAAGACGGGAAGCAUGUGGCACGAGAUGCUGGACGUGUUCGGGUCGCUACAGCACUGCCCGGGCUAUCAUGACAAGGUGAAUGGAUGGGGGAUGCUUAGGGUCAACUACAUGACGGUCAUCCGCACUUUCCUGCACUGCCAUCAACCCAACCUGUCAAUAGUCCUUCUCCCCAACUUGUGUCCCUUUGCCUCUGCCCUCUUCCAUGCCCGGCAGGUCAACUACACCACACUCAUCCGCACUCUCCUCCACUGCCGCCAGCCCAAGCUCCCACUCACCCUCUUUCCCAACAUGUGUCCCAUUUCCUCUGCCCUCCCCUAUGCAUCACAGGUCAACUACACCACGGUCAUCCGCACGCUCCUGCACUGCCGCCAGCCCAAGCUCGCACUCACCCUCUUCCGAGACAUGCUCACUUCAGGGUUGCUCCAAUGCGACACCCACGGGCGCGUGCUGUCAGCCCGUGAUAACGCCACCACCCAUGAGAGGCUGCUGCAGGCCGUGCGGCACGCGGCUCACCUGGUUGGGGAUCGAGAGGUGCUCAGCAUGGUGGGUGGUGGUGCUGUGGGUGCUCGCAGCACGAGCAGGAGCGGGAGGUUCAGACCUGCUCCUUCUGCAGUCAAGGAUCUGCUGCAGGCCGUGCGGCAUGUGGCUCUCCUGGUGGGCGACAGAGAGGUGCUCGGAAUGGUGGGUGGUGGUGCUGUGGCUGCUCGCAGCACGAGCAGGAGCGGGAGGUUCAGACCUGCUCCUUCUGCAGUGCUCAGCAUGGUGGGUGCUGCUGUGGCUGCUCGCAGCAAGACAAGGAGGGAGAGGUUCAGACAAACUCAUCCUCCUCCUGAUAUUGGGGAUGAAAAAGACACUCCUUCGUGGCUGAGCCCUCCUGAUAGCUGA